AUUACCACAAGGAAAGACAACCAGGAAAAAAUGCUUCAGCAACUUCUGCAGUUGUCAUUUAUGAUGACCGUGGACGCACAGCCAUUUUCACCAGUCCCAGAAAAAAUUUACGAGAUUCAGGCUCAUAUAAGAGAAGGGCAGACUCAGGAAGAAGAUGGAAGCAGGAAGAAAUGGAAAAGCGAAGGCAUAAGGAUGAUGAAGCAAGAAAGCACCAGAAAGAUAAUGGUAUGGGUAGGAAGUGGCAAAUAUUAGACAAUGAAGGUGGGGCUUCUGGAGCUUCGACCAAGAGGACUAAAUACAUACGACAGGGAUUAAGGCGACUCGGGUCCUCGGCGGGAUGGGAAAGUGACAAGGUUCCAGGAGCCAAGAAUAAACGGUCUCUUGACCAACCCAGACAUUUGGUGGCGCACAGGAGCCACACCAGCAGCUCUGACAGUGACUCCUCGUAUUGCAGCUGCUCCUCGUACUCCUCAUCCAGCCACAGUGGUAGUGACUCCCCUGUGCAGAGGCGAGGGAGAGGAAAAGAGAAUAAACGAUCCGGAACAGCAAGCAGAGCACGUUCAAGAUCACCUUCUGAGCAAGGUUUCAGUUCCACCAAGAAAAAAUUGGCUUAUAAAAAAUCUUCAGAAAAGUGGCCAUCCAAGAAGUCGCCUCCCUGGGCACCACCAGUCACCCAGGAAAAAGAGAGCACAAGAGCAUCCUCCCCUGUUGAAGCUGCUAGUAAAAUCUCAAAGUCCUGGGGAAAUGGCAGGAAAUCACCUCGCCCCUACAUGCGUCAUACUCUCCCUACUUCAUCUAGUAGAAAAAAUGAAGUAAAAGCAAGCCACCACAAAACCAACAAAAGUAAAGCAAAGGAGAAUGUUGUAAAAAUCAGUGAUGAUGAAUCUGAAGAGAAAUGUGACAAAUCACCAAGAGCAAAAUGUGAUACUUCACCCAAAGGAAAUGGAGGAGAUGUUCCCCUUAUAUCAAGCCAGAAACAGCUCCCAAGGGGUAGUUUUGGAGAAAUGCUCUUAAAAAAGACACUGAAAGGCAAACUAAAGGUUUGCCCUCUAGCUAACAAAACUGUAGAGAAAGGAGAAACUUCAGGAGAGGCUGGAGGUAGCAAGAAAGAAGAAAUAUCUGAAAUAAGCGAAGUGUUGCAGCAGGACUGUGAUACGUUAGACCAAGAAGAUGAAGAUGAACUUCAGCUAAGAUUAAUUGCCCUUCAGUCCUCUUUGAAGGUGCUGAGUGAUGUAAGGAGAGAAGGUUGCCAGUCCAUGAACACUGGGAAUAUGGUUGUUGACCUUUCAUUGUCUUUGCCUCAAGACAGCAUAGAGCAGCCAUUGGAAAAGGAAGAGGAAGGGAAAGAAGCAGUUCAUAGUGAUCUUCCUGAUCAGAGAAAUAGUGAAAAUGUUGGCGAAUUUCAGGAUCAGUUACCAGAUCAUCACAUACUCUUGCAAUCCGAUCCAGAAAGCUCAACACCCUUGAAAAGCAAUCAGAGUUUUGAUACGAAAUUAGAAGAAAGCACUCCAAAGGAGGAUGAGGUGGACCUUAUAUUGGAUGAUUUAAGUCAGAGCUCAACGAGAUCUCAGCCAGGUUCAAGCAUCACUGGACUAGAGCUGGAAUUGGAUGCCAUAUCAACGAAUAAAAGUUACCUGGAUGACGGUGAAGACAGUACAAGACAGCUUGCCACAAAUAUUGGAGAACAGCUGCAAAGAGAAAUUAAGGAUCUUGCUGACUCUAAUCAGGAUCCUGUUGAUAUGGAUAUAUGUGAUAGUUCUCCAAGUGAGGAAGAUGAAAGUUUCUUUGAUGAAGACAUCUUGAAGGAUAUAGGAGAAGACAUCUCUUUGGAUAAGGUGUCUUCGCCUGACCCAUCAUCUGCUCCCAACGUAGGGUCACAAGCAAAGGAUUAUCCAGUGCCUGCCCUAGAUCCAGGAGGACAGGAAAGUUUUCAUCAUAACAGUAGCAACAGCAACAAAAGUAGUAGCAAUAAUAACAGUAAUAGUAAUUUCCAAAUCCCAGUGGAGUGGGCCUAUAUGAUGCCGCCUCCUCCCCCACCUGACCAGCCACCCAAUGAUAUUAGUAACAUCAAUAAUUGGUGCUAUGAUCAGAACAUGUAUCUCCAGACCAUGCAGUCUUCCUAUGAUUCAAAUGAGCAGUUUCAGCAGUACAAUUCAUAUGGAACUCCCACUUCUGACUGGGGACUACAGCCGCAGCAACCUACACAGUGGAACGAAUCAAAGCCAGAGAAUUAUGAAAACAUAUCUGAACAGACAGAAAACAUCCAAGAGAAUACUGAAACACCAGCUUCUCCUGAGCAUGCAGCUAGUAAAACACUCACACCUGAAAAAGAAGAACCAAAGCCAGACAACAGCCCACAGGAAGAUUUAAAAGAUCUUCCAGCAGAACAUUACCAAGCCUUCAUGUCUGCAGUACUUAACCAGCAGAAGACUCGGCAGAAGAACAGUGGCACACAAAGAAACUUAAUUGAAGUGCAAUUAAUCAAAUAUGGCAGUUCAUCCAAUGUCCAGGCUGAGGCUGUGAAAAAGGCUUCUUCGGGUGCUGGUACCAGUGGUGGAGCUGUGCUGCAGGUGAACAAAAGAUCGAGGGCUAGAAGGAGAAAACGAGAAAGACAGAAAGAAAAAAUAAAGCAGCUCAAACAGUUGAAGGCACAAGAAAAAUUGGCAAAGGGGAAGGAAUCCGUUGUUCAGAGUGAUCUCCAACCGGGAGUUGAUUCAGUGCCAAGUGUUUCAGAAGAUGAAGAUGAAGACCUCCUAAGGGCACAGCUUUUAAUUGACCUUUCUCGAAAGAAGAACCAAAAGCAGAUAGAACCUGUGGUAGAACUUCCAAAAUCAUGUCUUUCUGAUUAUCAAACAGUGACUGCAGAUAACAUCCAAGCCGCCCAUCAGGAUAGGUUCGAUUCUCAUUCUUCAAGCUACACAGGCCAUGAAAGCACACCACCUCAGAGCUACCCCUCAUCACUGGAGUCUUGUCCGAGGUUGAGACCAGUGACCAAGACAGCUAUUCUGAAGAUGCAUCAACAGGCGAGGUUUAGAGAGAAUAGCCCAACCCAUAAAGUGAAGGUCAACUUGAGACAUGGCUUGUCUGACAUAGGUGGCAUUAGCUUAGAUCCAAAGAGCAGUAGAUAUGAUUACCCCAUUCCAAAAGACAAUCACAGCCAGAAAGACAUGCCCAAGUUUAAAUUUCCUAAUAUCAAGCCUGUUAUUAUCAAUUUGGAAUCUGAUUCCGAUGAUGAGAAUGAAGAUGGUGAGGAGAGCUGCCAGGAUAGAGCCACUGAUGAGCCACAACCUUCAGGCAGUGGUGAAGGUGAUGGAGUCUUAAGCUCAAGCAUAGAUCUUUUGCUUAAAAGUAUGAGGAAUGCCAACAAGCCCGAGAAGGACGCCAAACCAAGCACACAAGAUAAAAAAGGAUCAGCCCUCACAAAGAAAACCCCAGUACGAAAAGCUCCUCAGGCGUACAGCACUCCAAAUGUGGUGCGUCAUCUUAGUCGAACACAGCAGGUUGAAUACCGUAGGCUAAAGGAGCAACUCAGAGAAAAGGAAAUGCUUCAGAAGAAGCGACAGGAACUGCUUCUACGGCAGAAAGUACUCCAGAAGAAAAUGGCUUCUGCUGCAAGAAUUUCUCCUGAGAGCCCUCAGUCAGGGGACAAUGGAGGAGAAAUGAGUGAUGGAGGGGCUGCUCGAGACCUACCAUCAGUAAACAUUCCACAGGCUAAAAGUCAGACCCCCUCAAGGACAGAAGAGGAAUACUGUGACCAAGGUGAUAAUGGAGGUAACCUUCAGAUUCAGGGGGAAACCCCACCACUGCCACAUUCUGUUUUGCAAGACACAAGGGAAGUGAUUUUAAAGGAAACAGGUGGUUUGCAGAUACAGCUUGCAAAUGUCAAUAGAGAUAAUGAUUUAGGAAGCAAUACAGUAAGUGCAGAUGAAAGUUGCCAAGGUGGGUCUGGCACUGUGAAAAAUGUGGAGAUGAGGAAAGAGAGAGAUUUAUCAUGUGUAGGUUCCCCAGCUGAGGAUGAAGAUGAAGAGAUGCUUAGGUUGAUGGUACUUAAGACACUCCAGAAAAAAGUAAUUGACAAAGCAAAAUCAAAUGAUGAGGAAAAUUGUGAUAGUGUAGGUGCUGAUAGUAAAAGUGAAAAGAAUGAUGAGUCAUAUAUGUCAUCAAAUUCAGAAAUACUGAAGGUUGUUAUAUGCCAAAGGAUAGAUGACGUGCCAACUGAUGAGAAGGAAACAAUGGAAAAGGCAGUAGAAGUGGCUUCUCGCAGUGUUGUUAUUGGAAAUCAGACUGAUUUGCUGGAAAAUAGUAAAGAUGUACAUCAGGAAGGAGAUGUAAAUGGUGGGGAGUGGAUGGUUCUUGAUGAGGUGUUGGAAGAAAUUGAUGAAGGUAAUGGAGAAAAUGCCAACAGUGAAGAGUUGGCAGUGGUUAAGGAGGAACAUGGCAACAAAGUAAAGAAACUGGUAAUUAAUGAGGAAGAUACUGGGCCUACUUUAGAAUGUAAGGAGACAGAAGGUCCAGUAAGUGAAAGUGUCUCAAAAACAAGUGAAACUGAAUGUUUAGUUCAGGAGGCAAAAGAUAACAGUGAAUGUAACAAUUUCAGUCAGUUAAUGGAGUCUGAAAAUACUGAAGUAGAAAAUCAAACUCCUGCUGAUCAUGCUCAAGGUUUGGCUGACAGAAAUUUGAAUGAGGAAAUAGAAGUCUCAUUAGAUAAUGAGAUUAAGCAAAGUCAUAAUGGUGAGAAGAUGGACAGUGGAAAAAGUGAAAUGGAGGGAGCUGGUGGUAGUGAUAAAGAAGCAUUAGGGAACAGUAAAGGUGAUGAUAAAGAAGCAUUAGGAAACAGUAAAGGUGAUGAUAAAGAAGCAUUAGGAAACAGUAAAGGUGAUGAAAGGUACAAAGGUAAAGAUACUCAGCAAGUGCCAAUUGAAGUGUCAAAGAAAUCUGCUAAAUCUGUAGAUGAACCUGUAGAUAGUGUCUUAACUUUUACAACUCAAGAACAUUCCAGUAGUGAAAAUACUGAAAAACGAACUGAAGUUGUGAUUGCAGACAAAUCACAAGAGGAGGAUAACAACAGUUUAUCAGCUGGCAAAGAGGAGCUGGCAAGUCCUAUUGGAAUAUCAUGUGUCAGUGAUAAGCAAGACAGUGAAUCUGCUGAAAGGAAAGAGAAUGCAGAGGUCAAUUCAGGUACAGAAAUAAAAACUCUUAAUAGUAUAACCAGUGAGAACAACUCAAAUAUCCAAACUAUACAAAAGCAAGCACAGAUACACGAGGAUGUGGAGGGGAAGAAAAGUCUUGAAUAUUUGUCUGAAAAAAUAGAAAAGAACGAGCAGUUAGAAAAAGAUGUUUUAUUGGUAUCUGAAAGUACAAAAACCUUAAAAGGGUCUUCUGUAUGUAGCACAUCUGUAAAUAAUUCGGUAAGACAAAAAAGUGCCAUUAGAACCCUAAACUCUCUGCCAGCAGCUUUACAAAAACAAAAAAGUAAUGCAGUUGGAAACCCUUCCAAAUCAAGUAGUGUAACUGAUGCAGAUAAUGUGACAAGAAAACCAGUAAGGACUAAGAGGUUACUGUUGCUGAAGAGAGUGGAACAUGAAUACACACAAAAAAGGAUUGCUAUGAAUGAAGUGAUAUCACAGCUGGCUUCCCUAGUUCAUGAGGCAACAGAAGAAGAGCGACAACGGCAGUCUUUAAAGUCGACUAUCACCAAGUUACGGGAAAAGCUGGGCCAAAUGGAGACACAGCUUGAGGACAAAGCCAGCAAACUCAAAGCCAAGAUGGCAAGGAUCCGAAAUCUUCAAACCCAAAUAACCAAAGAUCGUGAAGAGAUAAGCCAGCUCGAACACAAGGGAGAGAUACUUGGAAAGAAGGAACUUGGGAGCGAUUACAAAUUGCCAAAAGUUUUGGGUUCUCCCCAUUCAAAGUCAAAGGACCACAUGAGAAAGAAACAGCUUGCACACAACAUCGAUGCUCUUCGUCAGCAGAUUGGCCAGGUGUACAACAGGCAGAUGUAUAAUAAGACCCAAGCUAGACUAGAGGCCAAAACAAAAGCUGUUGAGAAGCAUAUUUCCCCUCUAAGUAAUAUUGAUAAGAAGGAGGAGGGUACUUCUGUAAGGAGAAAAGUACUACAGUCAGGCCAGGCACCUGUGGGCCAAAACCUGAGUCCUGGCAUUGGUGUGACCCUUCAGGUUGCGACUCCACUCGGCGCAACGCAAAAUGUAAAUGUUAGUGUAGCAUGGAACAAGAAGCUUUUUGAUAGUUCACUGAAUAUGCAAAGUGCUGUAAGUAUUAAAGGGGCUCCUUCCAUGAUUAAGAAUAAGGCGAAACGUAAAAUAAUGCCAGACAACGGAAAUGCAAUAACAAAAGCAGCCAGGACCGAAAAUGUGUGUGCAUCCAAGGGUACAGAAAUGGAAGCAAUAAUUGAUAACAAAGCUCAGGAAGCAAAUGAGAACCUGCCGACAAAAGAAUUAGACUGUAAAACAGAGACAGUGCAUCCAGCCAGCCGACAGAGUGCCAUGAGUGAUACAGAAAAUGUUUCGUUUGAGGAUAAGCAAAGGCAGAAACUCCUUUCUCCCACAAAGGAGCAGAACAGGUCAUUGGAUGUUACAGAGAGGAUAGAUGAAAUGAACAUGCUGUGUCCCUAUGAUUUGUUGGGCCGCUGCAACGACGAUUCCUGCUCAUAUCAACAUCUGAGACCUCCAAGUCAUUUGACCAGUAAGACUACUGAGAUUCAAAGGGAUCCUACAGGUUUGUCAAGCCACACAUCUGUUUCAGAAAGACCAGGGGCAUUAGAAGAAUGUACGGUAAGAAUAACAUCCUCAAAUGAAACAGAGCCAAAAGAUCCUUUGACAAACAGUGGUAGUGCUGAAAAUAUUGAUGGAAAAGAGGAUCCAGAGCAGACUAUUCCUCAGGUAGACUGCAAAGUGGAUGGCCUUCAAGUCAUAGUAAGUAAUAGUCAGAUGCCUUGCAGUGACAAGGCUGACAGCAACCUUAAUCUGUGCCAAACAAAUAAGGAAGAUUUUAUUUUUGUAAAACCAACUCAGUACUGUGGGGAUAGUGAAGACAUUUCAAAGGCAUUUGUGUCGGCUUGUGACAGGUCAGAGAAAUUAAACCAGGAAGCAGACAGUAUUAUAGAGCAAAUAACGUUAACCCCAUGUAUUUACUCUGAACAGAAGAAUGAGACAAGUGAGAAAUGUGAAACUUUAGUUUCAUUGAAAGAAGCAGUUGAAGAAUCUGAGUUAUUAAAGGUCAACAAUGAUAAACAUAGAAAUUUGCAUUCAGCAUUGCCACUUCAGUUGAAAGAAGGCUUGCCUGAGGUUUUGGAGGAAUUUUCAAAGAAAAGUCCAGUAGAAAGUAAUACAGAUAUCAAAAGUGUACCUGAGACAGAUAUCAAAGAUGAAUUACCAAAGGAUCUUCAGGAGGAGAAAAUACAGGAGUCUGAUGAGAAAGAAGAAUCUGGAGAGUCGGCUGCUCAGGUACCCCUAUCCAUAGAAAAGACCAGCUCAGCAGAGCAAGAGGAUGAGUUGAAGGUAGAAGCUAAAGAUGCCUCAACUAUUGCUUUGAAGAAGAAGAAAACUCUUCCAAAGAGGAGUACUACAAGGAAGCGUACAAGGAACUCAGACUUAACCUUAGAGCUUGAUGUGCUGUCUCAAAGUCCAGAGCCAACAGCAAGGAGGACAAGGCGAAGUAUUAAUCAAAAAGAUGUGUCCGGAGCACUGAUAGCCACAAAUAGAAAUAGUUCAAAAAAGGAUCUAACGAAAGAAAGAUCCGCUCCUGUAAAAGCUUCCCCGAGAAGAGGAGGGCGUAAGACAAGAGGGGGCAAGAGAUAGAGGAGAGUAUGCCUGUAUCUUAUUUUUUUUCCCUUCAUUAAAUAAUGUAUAUAAAGCUACAAGUCAUUUCAAGGGGACACUUAUUUAAGUAAAUAUUUGAAGAGUGGUUACAAGGUCUCCUUACAAGUCAUUGAUUUUGACUUCUGUAUAUGUAUGUGGAUUAUAUAUAUUUUUUUAUUUUCUUUUUAGGAAUAAAGAAAAACUUAAGCAUCUUAAGAUGAGCCAUCCCUCCUUCUUUUUCAUUUAAGGAAUAUAUAGUUUUGAUAUGUAUUGUUGAUAUUUGCCAAUUUUGUUCAUAACAUGGUCAGAUAUUUUUCCAACUUUUGAUUACCAAAUUUAUAAAACCAUCUGGUGACUAACUAAACAGAGAAUUCAUGUAAAACAUUCUUGCAGUAAAUAUCUGCUGAUACUAUUUCAAGUUCAUUUACAAGGAAUUUUUAUGCAGUUUUCAAAAUGAAAUAUUUAUUAGCCUUAUCAAAUAAUAUUAGCUUUUGGAGAUUUCAGUUUGUCCCUUGGCUCCACCACCCAUGUGCUGCCCACCUGCCGCUUGAGGGAAUUAAAAAGUCAUCGCUGGCAGGUGGCGCUGUUGGUGAUGGUGACGGUAGCGAUGUAGGGUAAGAUGUAUUAGACAACGACACCCAUCUUUUGGAUGACUGUAUACACUCACAAAGUUCUGUCACUAGAAUAAUUUAUUGGCUCUUAAAUUCAGUCUAGAUGAUUUUUGUUUUUGGCAAUUUCAUACUUUUUUUUUUUUCCUCUUUUAUUUUUCCCCUUUUUUCUUUUUCUUUUUUUUCUUUUUUUCAUGUUUUUUUUCUUUGUUUACUGUUGGUUUCUAGUUUAAAGUGUUUAUGGCUAUUUAGAAUUUUUUCUAAUUUCAUAAGUAAUUUUGUUUUGUCUUAAAAAAAAAAAGUUUUGCAUUCAAGCCCUCCACCAUGUUUCACAUGCCUUCUAGGUUUUGUCAAGUAAACAGACUAUGCAAAAUUCAUUUUAGUUUAGCUUUCUGGUGUUUUCUGGGCACUGCAUGUUCAUGGAAAUUUACAAGUUUGAUCCUCACUCAUGUGACUUAGUUUUUGUUAUUGGACAGUAAAAGCUUUAGAAUGUGAUUCAUAUAACCGGAAAUGCAACCUUGUGGUUCUAGCCUUGAGAGGAGGUGUGCUUGUGAAUAUGAUUAACUUUGUCCUACUGCAAAGAAUGACAACUUCCAUGGCUGUUGAUGCAACAUUAUACAUGUGAGGCAACGAACAGUGCUCAUGGUGACUGCCAGCCAGAUGAUUGCAGAGGGGGAAUCUGCUUUCAAGAACUCCAUUUCCACCAGAAGAGAAGGAAGUUAGGAUGGUGAAUGCAAGGCAAAAUGGUGUCUUUAAUUGAUGGUACCUGUGUUUGAUGUUCAUCUUUGGUUCAUCAUUGUCACUCAUCUGGUGCUGUAAGUACAAUCACUGCACAAAUGAUUCAUUUGUGCAUGAUUGGCUGUGAAUGUGUACAUAAUUUGUACAUAUGUUCUUAUUUACAAGAAAAUAAAUGUGGAAAUUCAA